GGCCCAAUUCUUCGUUUGCACCUUUGCGUCCUAGCUUCCUGCUACCUUCCCUCCGUAGAAAUGACUGCAUCGAUGUUGCGAUCAGUCCGGGCAGCCCUAAGCCGUGGCUGCUCCUCCCACCUCCUCCGGCGAUCCUUUUCGUCAGAGACUGUCCCGGACCGGAAGGUCGCGGUGCUCGGCGCUGCCGGUGGCAUCGGCCAGCCCCUCGCUCUUCUUAUGAAGCUCAACCCUCUCGUCUCCAAGCUCGCCCUCUACGAUAUCGCCGGCACUCCCGGCGUCGCCGCCGAUGUCAGCCACAUCAACACCAGAUCUGAGGUAGCCGGCUACAUGGGUGAAGAGCAGCUGGGGCAAGCUUUGGAGGGAUCGGAUGUUGUUGUCAUUCCAGCUGGUGUGCCAAGAAAGCCAGGCAUGACCCGGGAUGAUCUUUUCAACAUCAAUGCGGGAAUUGUCAAAUCUCUAUGCACUGCUAUUGCCAAGUACUGUCCUAAUGCACUUGUUAAUAUGAUCAGCAACCCUGUGAAUUCAACGGUACCAAUAGCAGCUGAGGUUUUCAAGAAAGCAGGGACAUAUGAUGAGAAGAAGUUGUUUGGGGUGACCACUCUUGAUGUGGUUAGGGCCAAGACUUUCUAUGCCAGCAAGGGAAAAGUCCCUGUAGAGGAUGUUCAUGUGCCUGUUGUUGGUGGGCAUGCUGGCAUAACCAUUCUGCCUCUAUUUUCUCAAGCUACACCAAAAUCCAAUAGUCUGUCUGAUGAAGACAUUAAGGCUCUUACAAAGCGGACACAAGAUGGAGGGACAGAAGUUGUUGAAGCAAAGGCUGGCAAGGGCUCUGCAACACUAUCAAUGGCCUAUGCUGGAGCAAUUUUUGCUGAUGCUUGCUUAAAGGGGCUUAAUGGGGUUCCAAAUGUUGUAGAAUGUUCAUUUGUGCAAUCAAGCAUCACAGAGCUCCCUUUCUUUGCUUCUAAGGUGAGGCUUGGAAAGGAUGGUGUGGAGGAGGUUCUAGGGUUGGGUUCUCUAUCAGACUAUGAGAAGGAGGGUCUGGAAAGUCUUAAACCCGAGCUUAAAGCUUCUAUUGAGAAGGGAAUCAAGUUUGCCAACCAGAACUAAUUGAAUGCAUUUACGGCUGCUGUUGGACUAGUUGCCGCUAGUUCUACAGAAACCAUCACAGUUUUGUACCUUUUUUCCCAUUAAAGUGUUGUAUUUUUUGCGAGGCAGGUUGCUGUCUGCAGCACCGGCUUUCCUGUCCGCAGUAGAGAGGACUUGAUUUUCUACUCUUGUCAGAAGAGAAGACUUGAUUUGGAUGCGAUUUUAAUUAAUAAUUUAAGGAGUCACCAAAUUUUUUCGUACGCUGAAGCUUAAUAAAAGUAUUUCACAAAUUUCCCCC